AUGCCAAACAUUGGUGGUAGAGUGCUCAGCUUAUACGCCACUCCACCAAAGUUCAGGGAAUAUCUGAAAAAGAGAAUAGAAAAAUGGAAGCAAGAGGCAGAAAGGGCCACAAACUGUUCAAAGCCCCCUCUGGCAGCCACCGUCACCGCGGCACCUCCAGCAGCCACCAUCACCUCAGUACCUCCAGUAGCCACCCUCCUUGCGGCAGGACGCCAAAAAGGACAACCUGAGAGUACUUUCUUCCCAGGGGUGCAAGGGAACCCCAGAGACAACACCGCACAGCAGGAGCCCAGCCAGGUUUCUAGCUUCAUCCUUGGGCUCCUGGGACCAGCACCUUGGGCUCUCCAGGACCCAAGAAGCAGAAAGGCAGCACACCAGCAAAGCAGCAAAGGGAACGUGAAGAUGAUGAAGACAAGAGCUCGUCAGAAGAGGCAGAGGAGCAGAUCUCCAACCUCGCCCCCAAGGAACAUCGUGGGCUGCAGAAUUUCUCAUGAAUGGAAGGAAAGAAAUGAGCCAACUACUCAGUGGAAAGGAACUGUGCUAGAUCAGGUGCCUGUCAAGCCCUCUCUCUACCUGGUGAAAUAUGAUGGGAUUGACUGUGUCUAUGGACUGGAACUUUACAGAGAUAAGAGGGUAAGGUCCUUAAAAGUUCUUGCUGACAGGCUGGCACCAUCCCAAGUCACUGAUGCUGACUUUGUUAAUACCAUAAUGGGCAAAGCAGUGGGACACAUAUUUGAGGGUGAGCAUGGCUCUAAGGAUGAAUGGAGGGGCAUGGUCCUAGGCCAAGCACCUGUCUUUGAUAACGGUUUUUAUAUUACCUAUGAGAAAGAUCCUGUGCUGUACAUGUACCAACUUCUGGAUGAUUAUAAAGAGGGCAACCUCCGUAUUUUGACAGGGUUCAGCGAAUUCCAUCCUUUAGACAUGAACCUGGAGCUUCUGAGUGAACUCGUAGGCAAACAUAUGGAGUGCACCAGAGUUGAUGGCUCCAAGAAGGUGGGACUGGUGAUUUACCAGGUAGACAGGAAGCCCACUAUGUUCUUAAUCAAGUUUGAGAAUGAUUACCAUAUUCAUGCAUAUAAUCUGGUGAAAUAG